GCGGUGCACUCUCUCCCCUUCAGCUUUGGUGACGCGAUCGUCGCGAGCCUGGCCGAGGCGACCGCGCCCCGCCCCUCGGAAGGGAGUGAGCACGGCGCGCAAGUGGCGGGCCGUCGGGCGAGGUUGGAGGCGAGCCUCUGUCCGGCGCCUCCGCCGCCGCUCCUGUGCCACCAACCAGGGAGGCCCUCGGCGCUGGGCUCGGCCGCUCUGGCCGCAGCCUGCUCUCGCCGCCGCGUGACCGACACGAUCUGCCAGCAGCUCGCAAAGAUGGACGCGCUCAAGCUGGCGAUCAGCGAGCUCGCGAACCACGUGACGGACGCGCAGGCGGGUCUGGUUAGCGGCUCCUCGAGCCUUCUGGUGCUGUGCUCACAAGCACGCGUGACGGGCGCGCAGGUGGCCAAGCAGGCGUGCUUCUUCCUCGCAAACAUCUCCGGCAACGACAAGUGCAAGGAGUCGAUCCGCGAGGGGAGCGGCCACAUCGCCAUCGCGAUGCUGCUGCAUGCGCACGUCGGGUCGAUGCAGACCGACGGCGUCUCUGCGCUCGGCAACAUGGCGCUGCGCAUGCCCGAGAACUGCGCCGCCAUCGCAGAGUGCGGCGGCAUUCCAGCCAUUGUCAGCGCGCUGAGCCAGCACCUGGCGCUGCCCCGCAUGCAGUCCAAGGCCUCGGAGCAGCCGAGAUACGCCGAGAUCCGCCGAGAGGAGCGCCUCAGAUGA